AUGUGGAGCAUUGCUGCAUGUGAACUCAGUAAGAUGGCAGACCCACCACCCCCAAUGCAACCAAUUGUGUACCAUAUUGACCAUAAAAUCGAGGAAGUGAAGGAGGAAGAAGAAGAUGAGACAGAAGAGGAAGUGGAGGAGGAAGAAGAAGAUGAGAGCGAAGAGGAAGUGGAGGAGGGAAAAGAAGAUGAGGCCGGGGGCCAGCCGCAGAAAGCCAACCGAAUCAUGAGAGAUGGAGCGAUCUGCUCAAUCAACAUCAACACAGACCACGAAAAAUGGAUAGAGGAGAUGAUCAAAGACUAUCCUGGAGCGGGCAGAGAGAGCCCCAGCCCAGGAGAAACCAAGAUUAAUCUAGGAGAAGGCAAUGACAUGACCUUAUUAAGACAAACGCAAUGA